CAUUCAGUAAUUUUGAUCUUUCAGACACUCUGUAGGCCGUAUCGUGAUAAUUGAUAAGGGCGAGCCAAAUAUCCUCCUCUCUCCGCCACCGCUUCCUUUCCGCUUCCGGCCACCAUCUCCGCCUCCUCCUCACUCUUCACUUCAUUUGUUUCUCCCUCUCUUCUCGAGGAAGCAGCGUCCUGGAGAAUCGACUUGCAGAGUUCUGAUAUUGGAUUUCCAAUUCCUUGCCGAUGGAUGCAGUGCGGCUUUGAUCGAGGGGCUUCGGAUUGCCCGAAUCUUCGCCUGAUAACAGGAGCAGAGAUGGUUCGAUUGGCUUCUUGAAUUUGAGAAUUGUUUUUAGUUGUGAGGUUAGAAUGAAAGGAAAGAUUCGGUGUAGAUACUAAUGGGAAAUAACUCAAGAGAAGAUAUAAUGGACCUCGAUUUGAAUCAGGAGCCUUUGGAUCAAUCUUAUGAUUCAGUGGUAGGGUUAGACACCAUACUGAAUGACCUUGAAAAUGCUCAUGGACGCAUUGAAGAACGCAUUCGGCAACUUGAAGCCGUUACAACAAGGGCUACACGGCGACAGAGAUGGCGACAUGCCCCGACUGUAACUGAACCUGCUGACACUGCAGCAGCUUAUGCUCACCUUGAAAGACAUGACACUGGUGAUGAUAGUGCUGCCCAGGAAAGAGUAGCUAAUUCCACCAAAACUAGUAAAAAGGAUGGCUCUCAUUUGGUUGCCAAAGCAUUGGGGAUGGAUCCAGAGCUGAAGCCCACUGGAAACAAGAUGGGAAGCUUUUUUGAUUGUAAUAUAUGCUUGGAUGUUGCGAAGGAUCCAAUAUUGACUUGUUGUGGUCACUUAUUUUGCUGGUCUUGCUUUUAUCAGUUAUCUUAUGUUCAUUCAAAUGCCAAGGAAUGCCCUGAAUGUCAAGGUGAAGUUACAGAUACUAGCAUCAUUCCAAUCUAUGGCCAUGGAAAUGGUAAUCGUGCUCAGAAGUCUAAACCGAAUGAUUCUGGUUUGAAGGUUCCUCCCAGGCCACGUGCUCAAAGGAUUGAGAGUAUGAGGCAACAAAUUUUGUUCCAGGGGGCAUCUUCUUCUCUCAUUGAAGAAAGGAUCCAGCAGAUUAGCAACAUGAUUGGUGCAAUGGGGGAGCAAUCUCGAUCGCAGAAUUCUGACAUUAUGCAUGGAAGGAUUGAGAGGACUAAUUUGUUGGGCCGGAGGCGUCGUGCGUCCCAAGUAUUACCUGUUACUGAGAAUGAGAGCAAUCAACAAAGCCGAUCCCUUCAAGUGUCUAGGUUGCUACUGCAAGGUGCUGCCUCAUUUUCAUCUCUUUCAUCUGCUUUGAAUUCUGCAAUGGACUCUGCUGAAAGAUUAGUUGAGGACCUUGAAACAUACAUUCACAAUCAUGGCGCAAGUAGAAGCCGCCCACACUCUCUACCAAAUAAUCCUAACAAUGGAGACCCCUUGUCCGGUAUUGCUGCAACUGUGCGAUCGGAUGGUAUCCCUCCAGAUCCUGUUGGUGGAAUCACCUUUCUGGUUCCCCAAUUCGAGUCAUCUUCUAGAAGUAUGGAUAUUGCUACUAAUAUUGCACGUCUAGAAAACCAGACCAGUAGUAGUACAGAAUUCGACCGAAUAAUACUCCCAUCUCCAUCAACCAGGAGGAGAAGUGAGUUACCACGACGGUCAGAUUUGGACAAUGAAAAUUUGCAGGAGCGAAGGAGGAGGAGAUUGGGAUAAUUGAAUUGAUAAUGAAGUUCUUUCUCAUCGUAUGAGCUAUUUAUUUACUUUCACUUUUUUCUUUUAAGUUAUUGAAUUUUCUUCAACCUGGGGAAGAUCCUUGCUGGUGUGAAAUCCCCACAUAAAUAACAGCUAGCCUAAGAAGUUUGAUGGUCUAUUCUCUGAUAAGGUACUGGAAGAAUGUGAAGAGGUGCGAUCUGGCCAGCUUUCCAGCUGCAGCACACUCCUAUCAUGUGGCGAACUGGCUGUUGCGAAAGCGUUUGUUGAAUUUUUUCCUCCUUCAUAGAAGAUGCAUAUUUGAUAUCGGUAUUGCUAUGUUGGUCAAAUAGCAGAUGGUGUUAUGGUAAGCCCCUGUAAUAUAUACACGCUAUCUGCAUGUCCCUUCCUCCUCCCAAUGAAUUUGGCAUCCAAAAUUUCCCAUGUUCUAGAUAGAUAGAUUGUGCUGCUGUUGGAAAUUACUGGAAUCAAUCUGUACCUUUUCUUCUGAAAUUCUUUCGUUGAAGAGAAGACUUGUGUUUGAGGGAAAACCUUUGCGUUUACUUCUUCUUUAUUGCCUUUUAUUUUACUA